CUAGGCUUGGACAUAGCAGGCUUUUUCCACACACCAAGAAUUUGCAAGAUUUCUGUUGAGAGUCAUGCCUUUUAGUGGGCAGAGCCAGCUGACCUCAUUAGAAUAAAGUAAACAAGUUCAGCCCAUUAUAAGUGGGAAAAAGAUGCAUCCUCAUCUGCGGGCUGCAGAGGCGGCCACCAGCAGGAGAGCUCAGGCCAUCAGGACAAGCCUCAGGCAGCAUGAGUUCCAAGUCGAAAUCCGUGGGUGUCAUCGGGGCCCCUUUCUCAAAGGGACAGAGUGUGAUGUGAAGGACUUCGGGGACCUGUCCUUUGCCGAUGUCCCCAAUGAUGCUACCUUUGGAAUCAUGAAGAACCCCAGGACCGUGGGGAAAGCCACCGAGGAGCUGGCGCGUGUGGUGGCCGAGGUGCAGAAGAGCGGCAGAGUCAGCCUGGUCCUGGGCGGAGACCACAGCCUGGCGAUCGGCUCCAUCUCCGGCCAUGCCAGGGUCCACCCGGACCUCGGUGUCAUCUGGGUCGAUGCCCACACGGAUAUCAACACUCCUAUGACCACCACGUCCGGCAACAUGCACGGCCAGCCUGUAUCCUUCCUCCUGAAGGAACUGAAGGGAAAGAUGCCGGACGUCCCGGGCUUCUCCUGGCUGACGCCCUGCCUGUCGGCCAAGGACAUCGUGUACAUCGGCUUGAGAGACGUAGACCCGGGGGAGCACUACAUUGUGAAGACCCUGGGUAUCAAGUAUUUUUCCAUGACUGAGGUGGACAGACUGGGCAUCGGCAAGGUGAUGGAGGAAGCGCUGGCCUACCUGCUGGGAAGAAAGAAAAGGCCAAUUCACCUGAGUUUUGAUGUUGAUGGGCUGGAUCCUUCCAUCACACCAGCGACGGGCACGCCUGUGGUGGGAGGUCUGUCUCACAGAGAAGGUGUCUACAUCUCCGAAGAGAUUUGCAGGACAGGGCUGCUCUCCGGGCUGGACAUCAUGGAGGUAAACCCUGUUCUGGGCAAGACGCCGGAAGAAGUCACUCGCACGGUCAACACGGCAGUGGCAGUGACUCUGGCUUGCUUUGGAGUUGCCCGUGAGGGUAACCAUGACCCUAAGAUGGACUACCUUUCACCACCUAAAUAAAUGUGGAAACACUACAACCUCACAGCUAAUGGCACGAUUAGCAAGGGUGGUAAUUUAUUGAAGCCUGUAAUUAUCCUCUCGAAGAUGUGUUCUUUCAGAAAGGUGUUCUCCCAAUUGGUGUAACAAAGUGAGCGGGACAGAAGCCACCUUAGGCCUCUGGUUUGAAACUGAGUCUAAGCCAGCUUGUGACAGUGGCGAGCUACAGCCCGUUGCCAGUGUGGCCACUCGUGUGGUGCCCGGAGGGUGUGGUAACCACAGGGCCUGCGUGCCAAACGUGACUUGAGCAACACAGGAAAAAUGUUUUCUAAAAGUGUAUUUCUGCCACUGGGAGAUUAGCACGUUUGUGCCAAGCUCCUUGCGGCACGGAGUGGACUGGGCCCCCGGGUGAUGCUCUGCGGAGCUGCCCGUGACCGGCUCUGCCCACACAUCCCCAGGUCAGAGUCCAGGGCUGGCCCCUGGCCCCGUGUGCUCCCCGGGCUGGUGCUGGCUGGGGAAGGCAGAUCCCACCCUGUGGGCACCGCCUUCAGCUCCCAGCUUAGGCUGUGGUGGGCGCCCUGUGUCUUGCUGUGAAUGUGGAAAAUGCUUAAUAAACUGCUGCAUUCAGGACA